ACGAGCUGAAGUGUUGUAAUCGUCUCUAUGGCGAUCACGCAGACCAAGGUCGCAACCGCGGCCUCUCUGGGGCUGCGGGCGCUGGCUUACAUCUUCCUGCGAUGGGUGAGUCUACCAGUUGCUCCGGCCAUCAUUUUUACCCUCUUCGCCAUUUAUGUUCCUGCCUUCGUCUCUGGCUACCGGAACGAGCCUAAAUACGAGCUCGUGGACGAGGUCGAUGUGGUCGUUACAGAGACCACAUUGGAAGAUGAGAAUGCUUCCGGAAACGAAAGCGAACGGACGGCCAACGGUGACAGGGAGGUUGUCGCGGAGGACGUCACUAUCAAGGAGACCAUUUCCGUUGAGGACAGGGCGCUCAAGCCCUGGCAGACAUUGCUGAGUGGUGCACCAAAUCCACGGAGCUUGGCUCUGUCGCUUGCCACGCUGCUGCUCAAUGGGCUUUUGGUUGGCAUGGUUGCCGACCGUCUCUUCCGCGAGCGCUCCUACACUGGCGAUGACCUCUCCUUCGUUAGAGUCGGAUACGUGUCGGAUAACGAGGCAAAGCUUUUAAUUCGGGAGCCCGACCAAUCUAAUAUGCCGGUCAGCGUUGAAGUUCACGUCAAGGACCCUCAGCCUCCAUUUGACAACCCUCUGUGGCAGAACGUUGGAGGUGUAAGGUGGACAAGCAACGAAACGGACUACACUGCAGUUGUGUCGAUUCCUCUGCGGCACUCCAAGAAGCGGACCUACGAAUGGCGCACCUCAAACAACCAUUCCGGCGAGUUCACUGCCCCUCCGCCUGUCGGACAUGCCGAGGAGACGAACUAUGGUCCCUUCACCUUCGUCUCUACCUCCUGCAUCGUCCCUCGUCUUCCAUACAGCCCCUUCGCCCAUCCGCUCUCUAUUCCUGGAUUCAAGCACCUCGCCAAGGUACUCCCAUCUCUCAACGCGCAAUUCAUGCUUUUCCUCGGCGACUUCAUCUACGCCGACGUACCGCGCUACUGGGACAAGACGGCCACUUACUACCGGCAGAAGUACCGGCAGAUUUACGCCUCUCCCGACUGGCCGGCUGUCGGCCAAAACCUCAGCUGGAUUCACGUGCUGGAUGACCACGAGAUUGCCAACGACUGGUCGGCCAACUCAACGGGCGUCUAUGCCAGCGCUCUCGACCCGUUCCACCACUACCAAGCCGCCGCCAAUCCUCCCCCGGCCCGCAAGGCCGGCGCUUUCACCGCGCGCUCCCCGAACAUCACCUACUUUGAGUUUACCCAGGGCCCGGCGGCCUUCUUCCUCCUCGACACGCGCUCCUUUCGCUCCAACAACCGCCUCCCCGCUGACGACGCCAACAAGACCAUGCUGGGCCCGCACCAGCUCGCCGACUUCCUGGCGUGGCUGCACAGGCCCGAGCCCAAGGGCGUCAAGUGGAAGAUUGUCGCCUCGUCGGUGCCCUUUACCAAGAACUGGCCCGUCAACACGCAGGACACGUGGGGCGGGUUCCUCGCCGAGCGGCGCAAGGUGCUAGAGGCCAUGUGGGACGUCGCCAGCCGCGGGGUCGGCGUGGUGGUGCUGAGCGGCGAUCGGCACGAGUUUGCGGCGACCAAGUUCCCGCCGCCGCCGGCUGAGGAAGAGGGUGGAAGGUGGCACGAGAGCGCGACCGUGUGGGAGUUUUCGGCCAGUCCAUUGAGUCAAUUCUUCUCACCUUUCCCGACGUACAGGCAGAGGGAUCGCGAGGAUGUUAUGGUGAAGUACAUUCACAAGGGUAACUCCAAGUUCGGCGCCAUCACCAUUGAGAACCUGGAGGGCGGUGACCAAAGCAGUCUGAAAUAUAGGCUGUAUGUCGACGGAGAAGAGGUGUGGAACACCAUGAUCUUAUCCCCGCCUCCGCCUGCGGGUGGUCAGUCCGGCGGUUCCUUCUGGAAUCGGCUCAAGCUCGGGUCGGAUGGACACAAGAGCAGCUACCCCUGGCAGUUUCUCCGCUGGUCCAAGCAUUCGCCGGCCGCACGCGCGAAAGACGUCCGGCGGGCUCUCUGGGGCGCCGAGAUUGGGAAACACCCUCCGUCCAUUAAAUAUGCCGAAGUCAUGGACUCGGACGCUGGAGUCGCUCGGUUGACCAGGAACAUCAGAGAAGUUGGCUUCUCCUUUGUCAUCAACACCCCUUAUGACGACCCGAACGACACGAAAAGACUCCUCGAGCGUAUCGCAUUCAUCCGGCAGACUCACUACGGCGGCUUCUACGACUUCAAACCCGACCUCGCCAUGGCCGACACGGCCUACACCAACCUGGCACUGGCACCCCACACAGACACCACCUACUUCACCGAGCCGGCCGGGCUGCAGGCCUUCCACCUCCUGUCGCACGAAGCCGCCGAGGGCGAAGACGGCGCAAGCGGGGGCGAGUCGCUGCUCGUGGACGGGUUCAAGGCGGCCAGGAUCCUAGCGAAACAGGACUUUGCCGCGGCCAACGUCCUGUCCAAGGUCGGAAUCCCGUGGCACGCGAGCGGAAACGAGGGCAUCACCAUCGGCCCGGACAAGCUGUACCCCGUGCUCGAGUUCCACCAGGGCAGGCUGCACAGGAUCCGGUGGAACAAUGACGACAGGGGCGUCGUGCCCCUUGGCGACAUCCCGACCGAGGCUUGGUAUGACGCUGCUCGAAAAUGGGACCAGCUUCUAAAGAGCGAGGAUCUGCAGUACCGGUUCCAGUUGAAGCCCGGCACUGUCGUGAUCUUUGAUAACUGGCGUGUGCUCCAUGGUCGGAACAGCUUCACGGGUAUUAGGCGGAUGUGUGGAGGAUAUAUCAACCGGGACGACUUUGUCUCUCGCUUUAGAAACACGAAUUGGGGGCGACAACGUAGCCUCGAAUGGGUACUGCGGUAGAGAGAUGCUGUCGCUGACAGACCAAUUCCUUCUCCGCGAGGGUUCGAUUAGGUAUCAAUCGGGUAGCAGAGGCGGCGGAUCUCUAACGGCAAGGCAAAUCAGGCGCCGUUCAACAACCUCGAGCUGCAGCAACUAGCGUUUGACCAAGCCUCUUUCGUGGACGAGCACCGUGAUCCCCGUCUUACGGAGCCCUUUUAGGUCAUUCCGCAGGAGUCUUACUCCACUGCCCCGCCACAAUAGUUGUCGACGUCGCCGCGAG